AUGCCGGUGCUGCAGUGCUGCGGGGCAGCGGGGUAUCGCGUGGCGCUGCCUGUGUACGGCGCCCGCGCCCCUCCCGACAAGCAUGGCGCCCCCUCUGCCCGCACACUUCACGGCAUCGGCCUUGAUGUUUCCCCCGUUGCCCACCACGGCGUCUGCCGCAGGGGCCGGGCAGCGGACGAGGGAGGGGCGCUGGUGCAGCACUUUCCGCCGCUGCGUUUGGAAGGCGUCACGAUGAGAGGCGUUGUUGCGUUAUCGGUCGGGACGGUGGUGUGGGGGACGUGGGUCUCGCGCGCGUCGGUGCGCCAACUCACAGUUUGGGGAGGGGGUAAUUCUCUCUCCUGUGCGUGGGCGUUUGUGUGUGCUUGUGUAUUGCGAAGUGGUUCCACUGCAUGUCUGCCAUACUACUUGUUGCUGCAUUCGUUCUGUUUCUUUUACAAGUCCGCAUACGCACUGCUAAGUAAUACACUCUAA